UAUCUGUUCUGGUGUGCCAAGGAGCCGCAGUGCCUUGUUAAAAUUGUAUAUGUUUAUUGUUAUUAAACUGUUAGGAAUGAUGCCUACGAUCCUUACAUAACCAUAGCAAAUUGCAAAAAUACUUGCUUGGAGAAGAAAUUAUAAAGCAGUGAGCGAUUUUGGGAUCAGGUCGGGUUCGGCUGGUUGGAAAUUCCAACUUUCCUAGUUGAAGUGAACACAGCAUUAAACACAGCGUGAGACCUCGCAUCCCCAAGUUAUAUUGCUGCAUUACUUUGAAAAUGUUCAUGCAUUUCCAAAUGCUGAAAUACACUCACUGAGCACUUUAUUUGGAACACCUGUACAUGUACUUAAUAUGAUUAUCUAAUCAUGCGAUUAUCUAAUCAGCCAAUCAUAUGACAGCAGUGAAAUGCGUCAUAGAUAUGGGUCAGAAGCUUCAGGUAAUAUGGGGAAUGAAUGUGAUAUCAGUGAUUUCGACUGUGGCAUUAUUGCUUGUGCCAGACGGGCUGGUUUGAGUAUUUCUGUAACUGCUGAUCUCCUGGAAUUUUCAUGCACAACAGUUUCUAGAGUUUACUCAGAAUGGUACCAAAAACAAAAAAACACCCAGUGAUGGGCUACAACAGCAGAAGAUCAAGUCGGACACUUAUUAGGACCAUAGUGUUCCUAAUAAAGUGCUGGGUGUACAUAAUCAAAGGCAUCACUAAUGCAUGCCUAAUAGAUUUCUAUCUUUUAUUUUUUCACAGUCUUUCUAUGAGUUGUCUGGUUAUCUGGUAAAUUGUAUGGAUAACUCAAAACAGUCAUUAUUUGGGGUAAAAUACCUCUUGACUGCUGUUGCUAAAUGCUAGACAGGAGGACCCUAAACAUAGGCUUAAGGCAACAAAUUAGUUUAGCAAUAAGGCAAAUCCCUACAAUGCAUGACUGCUCUGUGGCUGUCUUUAAUCUGUAAAACUGAUAUUGCAAUAGAGAGAGAGAAUUGUCACUGAGAUCAUUUCUGAAGCAAGAAUUUUGAGCCUGUUAUGAAAUAAACAUGCUUGUAUGGAUUUAAAUGGGCUAUACAUUUUGUUUACAUGUUAUAUUUGGACCAUCUUAUCUAAAAUCAGUUUUGUAUUAGUAUUUUUAGUUGUAAAUAACAAUCUCUCAGAUAAUUGAUAAGUUCUUGGCCAAAACAAAGGAACGUUAGCAACACUGCUGAUUGCUCAACCAUCACCUUUUAUAAAGAGCGACACCAGACUAAGAAGGCACAGGGACAAACACUGGGGACAAAAAUUGAAAAGAACAAUGUGGUUUGUAGUUGCAUUAUCAUGUGCUGUGGUGGCAGCUCAACCCAGUGACAGAGAUCUCUGGGACGAGGUAAACCCAGUGAAUGCCGACAGAUAUUUCCCAAGGCCAGUGAGUGGAAAACCUAUCAGACCGAUAUUUGAGCGCAACCGUUUUGGAAUUCUGACUGUUCCAGCUCAGAUGAACCCAUGGAAUCCAGAUGGACCAUCUGCUGAACCAACCCAAGAUAGUGUGGGUCUAACAUUCCCUGGUCAAAAUGGAAGAGAAGAUAGGGGUGAAGAGUUUGAAUGGACUAGACCAGGGUCCAGUUUGAACCAGGGUACAUGGAGAAACAGACAAUUGGAUAGAUGGGGAGGUACUGGUAAACCACAGAAGAGUUUUAGAUCGGGUAGGAACAGACCACCUUUCAGACCUGACAGGAUGCCACUGCACCCCUCUCAUGCUCCAGUAGGUAGCGAUAAUCAAAUGGAUCAAAUGUUUGGAAGACCUCUAAAUCCCAACAUGAUGGACAACAGGCAGUUCCUACCAGUCUUCAGGGCUGAGAAUGUGACUGUUCAGAAUGCUAGUCUUGCUCUAAAAGAGGGUGAAAAUAUUUUCCUUCUACCAAAAGGAAGAGGGCAGAUGCAGACAUCAAAGGGUGGAGUACAUAGGCCUCAGGAAAUGGGGUAUGGUCAGAGUGGUUACUCUCUCUAUGGCCCUCAGCCUUAUGUGAAGCUCAUCUACAACCCUACUGCAACUCAAAAAAUCUCAUUUGAGUAUGGCAUUACACAGCUUCUUCCCUCGUUCAUGAAGGCGGAGUCUGAAAGUGAUUAUGGGUCAAAGUAGGCUGAGAGCAACAAUAUACAAUAAUCUCUCUGGUGAUAGAACAUCUAACUAUUAUUAUAUCCAGUAUUACACUGAAAUGUAUAGAUGUAUAGAUAUAUAGAUUUUAUUUUCUUGCUUGUUAAUGCUUGUUAUGUUUAUUUGCACACAGUGCUUACUUUUAAAAUUUACUAG